AUGCCGAGGCUAUGCUUCAUGCUAGGCCUGUCGCCACAUGGCACCGUGGAAGUGCGCCCGCUUGCGCUCACGACCGAGCUCCCGCCGCCACCGGGACCGCAGAGAGAAGCUGAGACUGGCCUGAUCGACUGGCUUGCGGAAGAAGGGCUGUGCUGGAGAGAUAUUGAGGGAUGGGCUGACACCAGCCCCAGCAAGCUGAACGAGGAGGUCGCUUCCUUUGCCUGGCAGAGGGAGGAGCCACCUACGCACCACUCAGCCAUGCCUUGGCAGGUCUUAGCCGCGAUGCUUUCGAUUGCUUUGGCGUGGGGCUGGGUGACAGUAGCAGGCGCCAUCGCCAUUGGAUGGGGAGGCCUGGCGCGCAUUGGCAAGGUUCUGGCAGCAAAGAGAAGUCACUUGGUGCUUCCAGCUGAUGUCGGUUUCACCUCGGCGGCCGUCCACCUGUCGGUCAUGGAACCCAAGACCAGGUACCGCGCGGCCAGACACCAGUGUAUCAAGAUUGACUAG